AUGUGUAUGGGAACGGAAAACGCAAGUCCCGAUUUGAUUGACUCCUGUUUUGAGGAGAAAAUCGUGUAUUAUUGUCAGUUUCCGGGCUGCGGGAAGGAAUUCAAGUCGCUUCGCAAUCUUCGAGAGCACGUGAAAACGCACGAAUUGAAUCGGAAGAAGGUGUUUGUGUGCGAGUUUGCGGGGUGUGGGAAAUCGUUUUUGACGAUGUCGGGUCUUCGGAAGCAUCGAUCGCAGCACAAUCCGCAGAAUCAAAGCUAUGUGUGCGAUUUGUGUGCGGAUAAGAAGACAUUCAAGACAAAGGAAGUGAUUGUUUGUUGGUGGGAGUUGAUGGUAGGGCUAUAUGCUUCAUUACAAAAACAAACACAUGCAGCAGCGAUCGAUUCCGUGUACGGAGCCGGGCUGCGAUCGAUCGUUUGCGAGGCGAGAAGAUUUGAAGUUGCACUUAAUUCGAUGUCAUAA